AUGGAGAAAUACUUGAGGGAAAACUUUGACGUUGAUCCGAAGAGACCUUCGGAAGAAACAUUGAGGAGAUGGAGAUCAGCUGUUUGGCUCGUUAAAAAUCCUCGCCGUCGGUUUCGUAUGGUGGCCGAUCUUGCUAAGCGCCAAGAAGCUGCCCGUAAAAGACUCAAACUUCAGGAAAAAAUGCGAGUUGCUUUGUAUGUACAGAAAGCUGCUCUACAUUUCAUGGACGCUGGCAGGAAAGAUGAAUUCACUGUGUCAGAAGAAGCAAAACAGGCAGGAUAUGAAAUUCAUGCAGACGAGCUAGCAUCAAUUGUUCGCGGUCAUAAAAUACAAGACCUUAAAGCUCAUGGUGGAGUGGAAGGGAUAGCAGAGAAGAUUUCAGCGUCUUUUAAAAAUGGAGUUAGCUCAAAUGAAACAGAACAACGCGAAAACAUCUUUGGUGCUAAUCGAUUUAUUGAGAAGCCUGCAAGAUCUUUCUGGAGCUUUGUUUGGGAUGCUUUGCAAGAUUUGACCUUAAUCAUUCUACUGGUAUGUGCUGCUGUUUCUGUAGGAGUCGGCUUAGCAACAGAAGGGUGGCCGAAAGGUAUGUAUGAUGGUACAGGAAUUAUACUCAGUAUCGUGUUGGUUGUUAUGGUGACUGCUAUUAGUGAUUAUAAGCAAUCGUUACAGUUCAAAGACUUGGACAAAGAAAAGAAAAACAUUAAGGUACAUGCUACAAGAGAUGGAAAAAGGAAACAGAUUUCGAUUCAUGAUUUGGUUGUUGGAGAUGUGGUUGUUUUGUCAGUAGGAGAUCAAGUUCCUGCAGAUGGACUGUUUAUCUCUGGCUAUAACUUGUCGAUUGAUGAAUCGAGCUUAUCAGGUGAGAGUGAUCCAGUUCAUGUAACGAAAGAGAAACCUUUUCUUCUGUCAGGUACUAAAGUACAAGAUGGUUCAGCUAAAAUGCUGGUGACUGCUGUUGGUAUGAGGACUGAGUGGGGGUCUUUGAUGGAAACACUCAACGACGGAGAUGAAGAAGAGACACCCUUACAAGUUAAGUUAAAUGGGGUAGCAACUAUUAUUGGUAAAAUUGGUUUAGGAUUUGCUGUAGUUACAUUUUUGGUUUUGGUAGGGCGGUUUACAGUGGAGAAAUCGUUGCAAAACGAGAUGAGUAAUUGGUCCUCAAAGGAUGCUUUGAAAUUACUAGACUACUUUGCAACUGCUGUUACCAUAAUAGUUGUUGCAGUUCCUGAGGGACUGCCAUUAGCUGUAACUUUGAGUCUUGCAUUUGCGAUGAAGAAACUGAUGAACGACAGGGCGCUUGUCAGACAUCUCUCAGCCUGUGAAACAAUGGGUUCUGCAAGCUGCAUCUGUACUGACAAAACAGGAACUUUAACUACUAAUCAUAUGGAGGUUACUAAACUAUGGGUACAAGGACAAGUUAUGGACAUCUUCUACACAAGUGGCGAUGCUGUAGAAUCCUUGGUAGGUAGUAGGGCAUUUGAUAUACUUCUACAAGCCAUAUUUCUUAAUUCAACCUCUGAAAUUGUUAGAGGGGUGGCAGGGACAAUGCCAAAGGUAUUAGGAACUCCAACCGAAAGAGCAAUCUUAGAUUUUGGUUUGAUACUUAGAUCCAAAUUUGCUACCUUCCAAGAGGAUUACAAGAUACUUAAGAUGGAGCCAUUUAAUUCUGUUAAGAAAAAGAUGUCGGUUCUUGCAGCUCUACCUUCAGGUGGUGUUCGAGCCUUUACCAAAGGCGCGUCAGAAAUCAUACUUGAUAUGUGUGACAAGCUUUUGGAUCCUAAUGGGAAACCAUUACCACUGUCUAAAGUUAUGAGACAGAAUAUUACUAAUGUUAUAAACAACUUUGCUUCGGGUGCACUAAGAACUAUAUGCAUUGCUUACAAAGAUAUGGAGGAAAAUUCAAGUGAGGAUAGCAACAUACCUGAAGAGAACUAUACAUUGAUCGCAGUCGUUGGGAUAAAGGAUCCACUACGUCCAGGAGUUAAGGAAGCCGUUCAAACUUGUUUAGAUGCCGGGAUUACUGUAAGGAUGGUUACAGGGGAUAACAUUAACACUGCUAAAGCCAUAGCAAGAGAAUGUGGGAUCUUAACUAGUGAUGGUUUAGCUAUUGAAGGGCCUGAAUUUCGCAAUAUGACCCCCAAGGAGAUGCAAGAUAUUAUUCCAAAGUUGCAGGUUAUGGCUCGUUCAAUGCCACUGGACAAACACACACUAGUCACCCAAUUGAGGCAGAACAGAGAAAUUGUGGCAGUAACCGGGGAUGGGACUAACGAUGCCCCGGCUUUGCAUGAAGCAGAUAUUGGAAUUGCCAUGGGAAUUGCAGGAACUGAGGUUGCCAAAGAAAAUGCUGAUGUUGUAAUAAUGGAUGACAACUUUGCAACCAUACUAAAGGUUGCUUGCUGGGGUCGUUCUGUUUAUGUAAAUAUUCAGAAGUUUGUACAGUUUCAAUUAACAGUUAACAUAGUUGCUCUAGUUACAAACUUUGCUUCUGCUUGCAUUACAGGUUCUGCUCCUCUUACAGCAGUUCAGUUGCUUUGGGUGAACAUGAUUAUGGACACUCUUGGAGCAUUAGCACUAGCAACUGAGCCACCUAAUGAACAGUUACUGAUGAAGCGGCCGCCUGUUGGGAGGGAUGAACCUUUUAUAACCAACAUUAUGUGGAGGAACAUAAUUGGUCACAGCAUCUACCAGUUGGUUGCACUUGGAGUUCUCCAGUUUGGCGGCGAACAUCUCCUAGGUCUCACUGGGCCUAAUGCUACUAAAACUCUUAACACCUUCAUAUUCAACACCUUUGUUUUCUGUCAGGUAUUCAAUGAAAUCAAUAGCAGGUACAUGGAGAAGAAAAAUAUAUUGAAGGGAAUAUUUAGAAACUGGAUUUUCUCGGCUAUCAUAUCCACCACAGUCAUGUUUCAAGUGAUAAUCGUUGAGUUUCUAGGCACAUUCGCAGACACAGUGCCACUUAACAGCAAGUUGUGGCUACUAAGUGUAGGAAUUGGAGCAGUAAGCUUGCUGGUAGCUGUUUUGCUGAAAUGUAUCCCGGUCGACAACCUUGGGUAUCCAUCUAAGCACCAUGAUGGUUAUGAAGCACUGCCUAGCGGUCCAGAACAAGCCUAAACUUGGACUAACACAAGAAGUUAAGCUUGCUUUUUUAUUUGAAGAAACAAUUUAUAGGAGCAUAACACUAGUUGAUCUUAAAUUGCACCAUUAUUGUGUUUUUCUCUGUUUUUUACUGUAAUUGAAAUCAGUUUUUUCUCCCUAGGAUAUCUGAUGACUGAUGUAACAGGUAGUUUAAGAAUUCAUCCUUAUGUUGUUUAUUAUUUUUAACUUUUUUUUAUUUACACUAUGUUUGGAUAACAAUACUAUUGUAACAACACUUGUAACAAUAGUGAAGGAAAAGGGAGGGGAAGAAAUAAGAGGGGAGGGAGAAGGCGACAUUUCAUUUUCCUUCCAAAUCUCUCCAAAAAAGGAGGGAUUUGGUUUAUUAAAAGUGGAAGGAAAAUGGAUCUUUCCAAUUCCUUCUUAUAUUAGAUAUCCAAACAAGGGAGGAUGCAUUUCUCCA